GAAAUAGAAAAAUACAAAAACAAAAACAAAGACAAAAAGAAAAGGCGAAUUUAGUUAAAUAAUAACGCAAUAAUAAGUGCAAAAUCGAAGGCAAUCCAUCCAUCAUAUCGUCGAUCACAAAUCUGUAGCACAGCAACUGGAACUUCUCAACACUCGCAGCUGAAAUCAGAACUCGAACAAAUCUCAACUGAACUGAACUGAGCCGAGCCGAGCCGAGGUGAAGGCAAAGAGAAGUGGAAAGAGACUCCAUCCAUACUUAAAAUCAACCCGCUGAAUGUUUUUGAAUUGGAAUCGCGUAGAGUAGUUCAAAACUGAGCAGCAGCAGUAAAAUUGAUCAAAAAUAAAAAAAACUUUAUAAAUCAACAACAAUAAAAACAAACAAAAAACUCCUUAAAAAACUUAAAGCUACUAAAAAAUAUAAAAAAUAUUUCCGUCGCAUACGCAAAACAAAUCUAAGACUGAAUGACAACAUUCGAACAGUAUCGAAGCGGCAGCAAAAGUCAAGCAACAAUUGCACGCCAUGGAAAGUAUUAUAAGUGUGGCGGACCAGGAAAUACUACAGCAGAUGGGCGCUGAUUUGUGUGCAACAGGAGUAAUGCAGCAGCUGCAACAAGUGCAAGAGCUAGAGCAGCAGCAGCAGCAGCAGCAACAGCUGCAGCUGCAGCAGUAUGCAUGCCAACAUCUGCACUCAACGCCCACACCUAUGUCGCAAUUUGAUUAUCAGCAUCAGCCACGACAACAUUCCAAGGCAACAAAAGCAGCAACAUCGCCAUCAUCAAUACAUUCGCUGACCAGCGGCGGCGGCGGCGGCGGCGGCAGCAGCAGCAGCAGCAGCAGCAGCAACUACAGCAGCUACAGCAACUACAGCAACAGCAACAGCAACAGCAAUAGUAAUAGCAAUAGCAAUAGUAACAUCUAUGGCAACAGUAUCAUUCACAACGCUGCAUACUCAUUAGCAGUUUUUAGCUAUAAGCAACAGCAGAAGCAACAGCAGCAGCUGUCACAGAAACAGGCACAAAGCAAUCCUAAUCUAAGCAAUACUCAACAUCAUUAUCACCAGAUGGAACAGGAGCAGCAACAGCAUUCGACCAGUCUCAAUGGCUCGCCUGAGAGCAGCACAUCGCCAAUUGCAGUGGGGCAGCAGCAACAGCAUUUACAUCAACAGCAGCAGCAGCAACUUAGUAAACAUGAGCCAACGGGAGCUGCAACAGCAAAUGCAACUGCAACUGCAACAGCAACAGCAACAGCAACUGCAACAGCAACAGCAACGGCAGCAACAUCCAGCUAUAAGACUGCCUCCUGUUGGUGCUACGGUGAGUCAGUUUGUUCUGGAAUUGAGGUUGAAAUUGAAAAUAAUAACAAUAAUCAUAAUCAUCAUGGCGACACCACAUUUCACAUGAAAAUUCUGGUGCCCGCGGUGGCCUCCGGAGCCAUCAUUGGCAAGGGGGGCGAGACGAUUGCCUCCUUGCAAAAGGACACGGGUGCUAGAGUCAAGAUGUCCAAAUCGCAUGACUUCUAUCCAGGUACUACUGAGCGAGUCUGCCUCAUCACCGGCUCCGUGGAGGGCAUCAUGACCGUGGUCGACUUUAUAAUGGACAAAAUACGGGAGAAGCCCGACUUGACCACAAAAAUCAUUGAUGCCGAGUCUAAGCAGGCGCAAGAACGUGAUAAGCAGGUGAAAAUAUUGGUGCCCAACUCGACUGCUGGCAUGAUUAUUGGCAAGGGCGGCGCCUUCAUCAAGCAGAUCAAGGAGGAGAGUGGUUCCUACGUGCAGAUUUCCCAGAAGCCAAAGGACGUUUCACUCCAGGAGCGUUGCAUAACCAUCAUCGGCGACAAGGAAAACAACAAGAACGCUUGCAAGAUGAUACUCUCGAAGAUCGUGGAGGAUCCUCAGUCGGGCACAUGUCUGAACGUCUCCUAUGCAGAUGUGAACGGACCCGUUGCCAACUUCAAUCCAACCGGCUCGCCCUAUGCCACCAAUCAGAAUGCCAUCAACUCAAGCACCGCCUCGCUGAACUCCACGCUGGGCACGGCCAUUGGUGGCCCAGGCUCUGCGGCCAGUCUCUUGGUCAAUGGCAUCAACCUAUCCCUUAACUUGAGCGCCCCCAAUCCAGCGCCCAAUCUAGCGGUUGCCACACAGUUGUUGGAGCACAUUAAGGUUGCCAUGCGCGGUGCUGGCUAUUCGGAAACCGCCACAAAUGAAGUCUGCGCCGCCCUCGGGGUGCUGGCCAAGUACGGAGUGCUCGGCAUGGGUGUGGGCGUGCCGCACACCAACGGCGCACAUCCCACGCUGGCCAACUAUUUGGGCGUCACGACGCUGGAUCAGCAGACAGCAGCCGCAGCGUCAGCGGCCACGGCCAGCAAUGUUUUCGGCGCUGUUGGGCAGGUUAACUUUGAGUAUGCUGCCGCUGCGGCCGCUGCUGCGGCGGCCAGUCGGCCCACGCAGUCUCAACUGGAGGUGCAAUUCGAUUCAUUCCGCCAUCUGGGCUCGGCCACUGCGCCCGCUGCCACGCCCGUUUCGCUAAAUAAUAACAGCUUUGGACUGACCGGUGCCACCGGUACGGUGACCAGCGCGCAGCUGGGAGCUGCCGCCUCGAUAGGCGGCCUAAGUAAGAGCCCCACUCCGGGUGAUCUGGGCGCCAAGGAUACCAAGAACGUUGAGGUGCCUGAAGUGAUUAUUGGCGCUGUUUUAGGUCCGAACGGUCGUAGUUUAGUUGAAAUUCAACAUGUUUCUGGCGCAAAUGUGCAAAUUUCCAAAAAAGGCAUAUUCGCACCUGGCACUAGAAAUCGCAUUGUAACCAUAACUGGUCAGCCGAGUGCCAUUGCCAAAGCGCAGUAUCUAAUUGAACAAAAAAUCAACGAGGAGGAGACAAAGAGGGCGCGUCAAAUUCCAUUAACCACUGUUGUGAAUUAAUAAUCAAGCAAUCAAGCAACCAGCACAACAACAAAAAACAACAACAACAACUAUCCCCCCCAUUUAAAAACGUAUUUCCUCAAAAAACAAAACAAAACAAAACAAAACAAAAAGAAAUGGUUCAUUUAUUUAAACAAAAACAACAA